CCGAGAGUCAGAGUUUACUUACUGACCUAAAAAUAAAAAGAACAACAAAUUGAAAAUGCGUACCUUCGAGGCGAAUCUAUUUGGGAACAAAAAGGGGGACUUACAAUCCUUCUAGCUCUAGGGUUUUCUUCUCCACAAAAUAGAGGUAAGGGUUUUUCUGAAAUCAAUUUCAGAAAUUUACACAGAGGAUUGAGCGGCAAGAGUGUGGGUAGUCUGAGAAUGGCCGGCAGCAAAGAGGAGUUUAUGGUUUAUAACUCGAUGACUCGCCAGAAGGAGAUCUUCAACCCAAAAGUACCUGGCAAGGUCGGCAUGUACGUCUGUGGUGUCACCGCCUAUGCCCUCAGCCAUCUCGGCCACGCUCGCGCCGCUGUCAAUUUCGACGUUCUCUACAGAUACUUACAGCAUUUGGGUUAUGAGGUUACAUACGUUCGGAAUUUCACCGAUGUUGAUGACAAGAUAAUUAAUCGAGCAAAUGAGGUUGGGGAAGACCCGCUAAGUUUAAGCAAUCGUUUUUGCCAAGAAUAUCUCAAGGACAUGGGCGAUCUCCAGUGCCUUCUCCCCACCCAUCAGCCACGUGUUUCUGAUCACAUGGAACAUAUCAAGGAUUUGAUAACACAGAUCAUCAACAAAGAUUACGCGUAUUCAGUUGAUGGAGAUGUAUUCUUUGCUGUUGAAAAAUUUCCAAAUUAUGGCCAGUUAUCUGGACAAAGGUUGGAACAUAAUAGGGCUGGUGAACGAGUUGCUGUUGAUUCUAGAAAACGUAAUCCAGCAGACUUUGCAUUGUGGAAGUCUGCAAAGCCUGGUGAGCCAAGUUGGGACAGCCCUUGGGGACCUGGAAGACCUGGAUGGCACAUUGAAUGCAGUGCGAUGAGUGCACAUUAUCUGACAUUCAACUUUGAUAUUCAUGGUGGUGGUAUUGACUUGAUUUUUCCACACCAUGAGAAUGAGAUUGCCCAGAGCUGUGCUGCGUGCCAAGGGAGCAGUGUGAGUUACUGGAUGCAUAAUGGACAUGUUACUAAUAACAAUGAGAAAAUGUCAAAAUCCUUGGGUAACUUUUUCACUAUUAGUGAGAUUACUGAGAGGUACCAUCCAUUGGCUUUGAGACACUUCUUGAUCAGUGCUCACUAUCGGUCUCCGCUCAACUACACAGUCUCCCAGCUGGAAGGUUCUUCAGAUGCUGUUUAUUACAUAUAUCAGACCUUGCAAGACUCUGAGGAUGCUUUAUCUCCAUUUCAAGAAGGGAGCCUGAAGGAAGGCACAGAAAAAAAUGGUAGAACAGUUAAAAUUACUCCAGCUGCCCAAGAAUGCAUCAGUAAGCUACAUAAUGAGUUUGAGACUAAAAUGUGCGAUGACUUGAACACUGCACACAUAUUGACUGGUGCUUUCCAAGACGCCUUAAAGUUAAUAAACAGUUCUUUGAACAUACUCAAGAAGAAGCAGCAGAGGCAACAACAGUUAUUAAUGAUUCAGUCGCUAGUCGAAAUAAAGAAAGAAGUUCAAGAACUUCUGAACAUUUUGGGUCUGCUGUCCUCUGAUACGUACUCUGAGGUUUUGCAGCAGUUUAAAGUGAAGGCAUUGAAGAGAGCAGGGCUGGUGGAAGAUGAUGUGCUGGAUCAGAUUAAAGAGAGAACACUAGCAAGGAAAAACAAAGACUUUGCAAAGAGUGAUCAGAUCAGAGCGUAUUUAACCACAAAAGGCAUUGCACUCAUGGACUUGGGCAAGGAGACGAUCUGGAGACCUUGUGUCCCAGCAGGAGAACAACCAUCGCUGCCUAAUGAGCAAUGACAAAAGCAGCCGCCGACUGAUUAAUUUGUAAUAUUUUGUGGAUUAAGACCAAGUUCCCCAAAGGGUCCUGAAGGUAGUAACCUUGUUUUAUAAAUUUCACUAUUUUUUUGGUCCAAUGAAAUACUGUCUUCACACUUU